CAGGAGGAACCUGCAGCUCUGUCUCUCCUUCAGUCUCUCACUGCUCUGUGGGUGUGUGUCUGUGCAUCAUGUCGCUCGGUUUGAGCUCCUUGGCCAGCUUGAGCAUGCCCGGCUCCUCGCGAGUGUCCGUCACCGCGGCGGACAGCAGGGAGAGCAUGAGGGGGCUGAACACGCGCCUGGCUGAUUACCUGGCCCAGGUGAGAGCCCUGCAGGAGGCCAACAGCAAACUGGAGAUGCAGAUCAGAGAGAGAGUGAGCAGCAGGGGCUCAGAGGAGAGAGACUGGACAGAGUACGACAAAACCAUAGCACACCUGAGGAACCAGCUGACAGAGCUGAACAUGGACAAUGCCCGACUCAUGCUACAGAUCGAUAAUGCCAGGCUGGCUGCUGAUGACUUCAAAGUCAAGUUUGAGGCAGAGCAUGCCAUGCGGCAGGGUGUGGACCAGGACGUUGCAAACCUCCGAAAGAUGAUCGACGACACGCACAUGAGCCGCAUGCAGCUGGAGAGUGAGAUCGAGUCCCUGAAAGAGGAGCUGAUCUUCCUCAAUAAAAAUCACGAAGAGGACGCGGCUAACCUGAAAGGCCAGAUCAGAGGCUCCAGCGUGGAUGUGCAGAUGGAGGCGAGGAAGGGGGAUGACCUCAGCGAGACAAUCGACAAAAUCCGCCAACAGUAUGAAAAGACUAUGCAGAAGAGCCGCGAGGAGACAGAGGCCUGGUACCAAGCCAAGUUUGACAGCAUGACGGCUGAGGUGAGCGAAAGCACAGAGACGAUCCAGCAGGGGAAGAGCGAGGUGAACGACCUGCGCCGGCAGAGACAGAUGAUGGAGAUCGACCUCCAGGCCCUGCGGAGCAUGAACCACUCACUGGAAGACAACUUGAAGGACACGGCAGGGCGUUCCGCCCAGGAGAUGAACCAUCACAACGCCACCAUCCAGCAGCUGGAGGCAGAGCUGGGGGAGGUUCACGCCCAGGUGGGGCGGCAGGGCGUGGAGUACCAGGCUCUGCUGAACAUCAAGAUUAAACUGGAGGAGGAGAUCGCCACCUAUCAGCACCUUCUGGAAGGUACAGGUGUGGAUGACAGCUUCAGGGACACCGGCAGUCGCUCGGGUGGCAACAUUAGAGGCGCGGGAGCUGGCACACGUGAUGAUGUCAAGGGCACUGGCACACGUGAAGAUGUCAAGAACAAAAGCACUGGCACACGCGAUGUCAAUGUCAAGGGCACUGGCGCACGUGAUGAUGUAAAUGUCAAGGGCCCUGGCGCACGUGAAGAUGUCACCAUCAAGGGCACUGGCACACGUGACAAUGUAAACAUCAAGGGCACUGGCACACGUGACAAUGUAAACAUCAAGGGCACUGGCACACGUGACAAUGUCAACAUCAAGGGCACUGGUGCACAGGAAGAUGUGAAUGUCAAGAACAACGGUGUACCUGAAGAUCCCAACAGCCACAUCAGGGACACCACUGUGCCUGAGGAUGACCUUGUGGAGUUUUCUCUGGAGCAGGCUCUGAACGCCGCGCCCCCUGUUCCAACUCCUGACCAAAUACACAUAAUCAGUGAGGAGAUCCAGGAAGAAGAGGUGGUGUCUCACAGCGAGCUGAAGCUGAACGCUGCUAACGGCACAGUGGAGGAGGAAGAGGAGGAGAGAGGAAGAGAUGGUGGAGAGGAGGAAGCAGUAGUUCCAAAGGAGGUGCCCCCUAGCAGGAGCACUGUGGAGGAUGUAUGGGGAUACGUGGGGGUGAAACCAGCAGCAGAGGAGAAGAAAGACGAAGCAGAACAAAAGAAAGAGGAGAAACCAGCAGCACAGGUGAAACCAGUUGUGGAGGAGAAGAAAGAAGAUCCAGAACAGAAGGUAGAGGUGAAACCAGCUGUGGUGGAGAAGAAGGAAGAUCCAGAACAGAAGGUAGAGGUGAAACCAGCUGUGGUGGAGAAGAAGGAAGAUCCAGAACAGAAGGUAGAGGUGAAACCAGCAGCGGAGGAGAAGAAAGAAGCAGCAGAACAGAAGGUAGAGGUGAAACCAGCAGCGGAGGAGAAGAAGGAAGCAGCAGAACAGAAGGCAGAGGUGAAACCAGCAGCGGAGGAGAAGAAGGAAGCAGCAGAACAGAAGGCAGAGGUGAAACCAGCAGCGGAGGAGAAGAAAGAAGCAGCAGAACAGAAGGUAGAGGUGAAACCAGCUGUGGAAGCGAGGAAAGACGAUGCAGAACAGGCAGCAGAGAAGAAACAUGAAGACGUGGUGAGGCAGGACGGGGAGGUGCUGGAGGUGAAGCCUGUACUGAAUGAGGAGGAGCAGAAGGAGUGACUUUCCACUGCCUGCAGGUCUUUAACUGCUGCUCCCGGGUAUCCACUCAUUACUUCGCAGCCUGUCAGAAGUUUGGGGACACCAGCUUUAAAAAAUGUUCUCAAUACUCGUGUUUCCUUUCUUUGCCAGCUUAACUUUCUUGUCUCGUAGAACCGAAAACACAGCUGAUAAUAAGCCGUGCUUUAGGAAUGAAGCCAAAGGCCAUGCGAUGUGCCUCCUGUGAUGUCAGCAUUCAAAGCUUUCAGAUGUUUAAAGCAUAUUUGGCCCAAAACAAUCACCAUGUGCUUUUACAGUGUCCAUAUCCUACAUUUUUCAUGCCCAGUUUAGAGCCACGUCUGACAUUUGUGGUGGCUUAUGUACCAAUUUUGUCAGUCUGGCUCGGACUGUACUGAACCUCACUCCUUAGAACUUCAGUGUGAGUGGGAGGAGCUAAACUCUGAACAGCUCUAAAACUGAAUAGGUGGAUAUGUGUAAAUGCAUUGGGUUUUUUUUUUGCGACUCCACAAAAAUAACGAAUUCAAAAGGGGCUGUUUGUGCAGCUUAUAUAGUUUCCACGUAUAGAGCCGUGUGCCAAAAUUCGAACACUCGUUUUUAUUGAUUUUCUAAGUGAAAAUAAGUCGCUCUCUGAAGUGAAUGAACUUAAAUGUGGCCUUUUUUCUGCAAUAUUUAGUGCACGGUUUCUAGUUUAGUUUCAAGUUUAACAUAUUGGAGGAGCAAUAAAAGCAUAAAACGAUAUGGAAAAACUGCAACGUGGGAGGCAGACCAUGCCUAAAACCCCACCAUCUUCCAAUCCAACGGCCUAUAAAUUCCUGUCUUUACCUUUAGUUUCCCAUGCACAAAGUUUUCCCCAUGUCCAUGAGCGAGAUGCUCUGGACAUUAGAACGGAAUAAGUGAUUCCUCAGCCAAAGCAGAGAGAGGUACGUGCUUGGAGGAUUCACGGGUGGACUGGAAGAUCGGCAGGUGGGACAGCAAGGAGGGGCAGUAGCGCUGUCCUCCCUCAUACUACCACCAUAUGUUGAAGGCACAGUCUAAAAAUAUGUUUAAAUUCAACAAAUAAACAAUGAUUGUGCCUUAAAACGUGCUCUCUGUAAAGGGUGUGUUCACGUAUUCUCACAGAAAAUCAACAGAACAUGGAAUUUGACCAGGGGUGCCCACACUUUUGCAUACAACUCUGCAUACGUGGACUAUAUGGACUGCAAGGUGAACAUCACGUUUGAAAACUUGACUGAUGUUUAUGUACGACACCAAACAUUUUAUUCCCAAAAAGGUUUUUUUUUCCAUUGUACGGACCCUUCAACAGUAAUUUGUAUCGGUUAUCACUAUUUAGGCAAAAGCUCUUCAUUCAAAGGAAGACACUUCAAUGAUGAGCUGAAUUAACACUAUAUGGACAAAAGUACUGGGACACCUACAGGAGCUUUUCUGAAUCCCAUUCUAAAUCCAUAGGCAUUAAUAUGGAGUUGGUCCCCCGUUGCAGUUCUAACAGCUUCCACUCUUCUGGGAAGCUUCUACAAGAUGUUGUAGAGUCUGUGGGAAACUGUGUCCAUUCAUCCAGAAGAGCAUUUAUGAGGUCAGACCCUGAUGUUGGACGAGAAGGUCUGGAUCACAGUCUCCGUUCUAGUCCAUCCCAAAGGUGUUCGAUGAG